GACGCAUUACAUUAUAUUAUGUCCUCCACUUAAGUAGAUAUUGAGCAAUGGUGUAGUUUAAUUAUAAAUAAAAUCUAUUUCCGCUAAUUAGAUUUGCGCGACACGUCUAUCAUUUACUCUCGUAACGCGCCAGCUUUCACCAAAGACUUAAUUCGAAAUUCAAAAUGACGCUCGAAGGUAACAAGGACGAGGCUGAGAAAUGUUUCGAUAUCGCGCAGGCAGCUUUUUCUGCGGGGAAUACGGAGAAGGCUGAAAGGUUUCUGUUGAAGGCUGAGCGCUUGUACCCCACGGCGCGUGCUAAGGAGUUGUUGACGCGGGUGAAGGCGGCGGGGAGUUCGGGAGGUCGCAAGACUCCGCCGCGAAGGGAGCCCGCUGAAGAAGUGAGGAGACGCAAGGCUCCGACGCACCAGGCGCCGCAGCGCGAGUACACGACAGAGCAGCUGGAGGCUGUGCGCCGGAUUAAUACGAAAUGCAAGGACUAUUACGAAAUUUUGGGCGUGACAAAAGAGGCCACUGAUACGGACAUCAAAAAGUCUUACAAGAAGUUGGCGCUUCAGCUACACCCCGACAAGAACCAUGCGCCUGGGUCCAGCGAGGCCUUCAAGGCCAUCGGCAACGCGGCUGCCGUGCUUACGGAUCCCGAGAAGCGCAAGCAGUACGACGUGCGCGGCGAGGAACCGGCGCACGCGCACGCGCACGCGCAACACCAGUACUACGCGCGCGGGUUCGAGUCCGACCUCACUGCCGAGGAGCUCUUCAAUAUGUUCUUUGGCAACGCGGCGUUUCCGGGCGCGGCGGGGGGAGGCGUGUACCAGCGGCGGCGCGCGCGCUCGCCCGAGCAGCGCGAGCACGCAGGCCUGCUGCAGCUGCUGCCCGUGCUGCUGCUCGUGCUGCUGUCCAUGAUGAGCGGCUUCUUCAUCAGCGAGCCCGUCUACUCGCUGCAGCCCAGCUCCAAGUACCCCGUGCCGAGGGAGACCGUCAGCCUCAAGGUGCCUUACUACGUGAAGGACAAUUUUCAUACUGACUACCAAGGCUCUCUGAGACGAUUGGAGAUGGCUAUAGAGGAAGAAUACAUAGUGGGGCUGCGCCACGCGUGUCAGCGCGAGCGCAACUACCGGGACAGCAUGGCGUGGAAGGCGCGCAACUUCGGCGACUCUCGCCAGUACGCGGACGCUCAGAAACUGCGCACGCCAUCUUGCGAAAAACUUCAACAGUUCCACCGAUAGAGGGCGCUGUUAUCAACUAGUUUUAGUUCACACGGACGCCGAUAGAUGG